AAGGCUCUUCAGAGACCAAUAUUUAAGGACAAGUCAUGAAUCUAGUCCCUAAAAGUAUACUUAUAGAGACGAGUUUUUCUUCAGGUCAUAAUUCUUAAACUUUAUUGCGAAGGGACUGAAUCUUGUCACAAAAAUAAUAAAUAUUUGGCCCUUAUUUCUCCAAGUUGAGUAACCCUACACAAUUUUUCCUCAAUAAAAUGAAAGAAAUGAAGAAAUAAAUAUACUCUGGAUUAAAUCUCUCUCUCAAAAUUACCUGUCUAUUCCUUAAAUCCCUAAUAACUAUAGGCACACCACUAUCCCAGAUUCAUCUAUAGGUCCCCACUAAGAAACCCUAAACCUUUAUCAUCUACAACAACAACAAUGAAGAACUUUCGUUGUGCCUCUCUCUAUAUUCGGAGCUUCCGUUCUACACUCUGUAAAACUUACCCUUUCUAAUUGCUUAGACUUUUUUGUCUGUGUGGUUCCUCUAUAAAUAUUCUAAAAAUAUUUUCUGAAAUCAAAUGUGAUGUUAGCUGGUUCUGAUUUUGGAUGUGAUUGGAUUUCAAAGUCUAACGCUAUGGCCUUUGGUAAGUAGCUCAGGGCUUUUUUCAUAUCGUAAUUUUUCUGGUUUUAAGAAUAGAUCUGAGACUUUGAUUUUUUGGUUAAUAGAUGAAUUGUGUUGGUUAUUGGUGUAAUAUUCUAUAUUUUUUGCUGGUUUCCUAGUAGUGGUAGACCAAAAUUGUAACAAUGCUUUGUGAACUGAACAGCUAUUGCUUAUUCUACCCAAAUUUUUUUGGUUCCUCUAUGACAAUGGUUGGUAACCUUUUUGGAGUUCUUUUGAGGCAGAUAACCCUUUUUGAAAUCUCUAUUUGCUUCAAUGAUUUUAUGGGAACUUGAUGGACACUUAAAGAUUUGCAAGGCAAAUCUAGUUUGUUACGAGAGGGUCGUGGAUAAGUUGGCGGACAAUGAGGAGGCCGAGCAGUUUUUUGUGGCGUUCAUGGAGUUUGAGGAGAAGUGUAAGGAGACAGAGAGGGCUAGGUGCAUAUAUAAGUUUGUGUUCGAUCACAGAGUGAAACGGCGAGCCAAGGAUUUGUACAGGAAGUUUGUGGCGUUAGAAAAGCAGUAUGGUGAUAAGGAAGGUAUUGAGGAUGCUAUAGUUGGAAAAAGUUUGUUUCAAUAUGAGGAUGAAGUAAGAAAAAAUCCACGUAACUAUUAUAUGUGGUUUGAAUAUAUUUGGCUGGAAGAGAGCGUUGGAAAUAAAGAGAGGAUUAGAGAGGUUUAUGUGAGAGCCAUUGCUAAUGUUCCUCCUGCUGAAGAGAAGCAGUAUUGGCAGCGAUACAUUUUCUUGUGCAUUAAUUAUGCAUUAUAUGAAGAGCUUGAUGCACAAGACAUAGAAAGGACCAGAGAUGUCUACCGAUGAAUUGUGCUUUGGGAUAAUUUCCUUCAAGAAUAUGACAGCUGCAGAGCUGAUAGAGAAACAAAUGGCCGCUUAAAUCAUCUUGGUGAAGAAUGAAACAACAGCUUCUCCAGUUAAUACAUACAAAUAGUUAUGACUAGGUUCUUGUUUCGUAUUUUGACUUGUUUCGGGAUUUGAGCAGCUUAGCAUAGAUCUUUUUUUUUUUUUUUUUUUUUAAUAAAUUUAUGGGUAGAUGCUAGUUAUGCAAGGUCACAAGGUAAGCUAGAUUAAUAGCUAUUGAUGGGUAUGCCAGUUCGCAAGGUAGCUAUGCAAGGUAUUUUGGUAACUAUUAAAGAUUGUAUGCAAUAUCAAGGCUGAUUGGAGAUUUGAAGACUUACUCAUAGUAGAUAUUGUGUUUGAGAUGGAUAUUUCAAUAAAAUCACUACAGGUUUGCAACUUAAUUUGCCUUAUUGGAAAGAACUAAUAGUGUACUUCUUACUGGGGGUGGUAUUGGUAAGGCAUUUAUUUUCUGUUGCCUUUUUUUUUUUUUUCCUCAAGCAUGGUCAUUUCCUAGUUAUCCUUGAGUUAUUUGUAGCUAGCUUCAGAACAUGCUUAGUUGAUACAACAAUGUAGUUUCACAAUUAUUUAACCAAAUUUUAUAGUUAUUUUUAGUAUAUAUUUGCUAAGGUGUUGGGGAAUGCAAAAGAUAUAACUCUAUUAAGACUAUGAUUUAUAGAUUCACGAUUAUGAUUAUUUAGAUAUUUCAGCUUUUGAAUGACCAAAAGUUAUUCUGGAUUGAAGUUUCUUAAAUUGCUUGGGGAAUCACUUCUUAAGUCAUUAAUGUGUGUAGCCAGGUUAUAUGGAUUUGUGGUUGGUUAGAAGACUGAUAGUACUCUCUUCAUUCUUAGAGCUAAAGGAUUAAUGAAAAAAAUUAGUUUCAGGUAUGUUAAAUUCUUUUGUGAUGUUAAAAUAAUCAUUGUCCCCGUCAAAUGAUAGAUUUAUAUAUGUACCCUGACGUACCUGGUAGCUUCUGUUUCACAAUUUAUUAAGGUUUAUUGAUAUUCUAGUUUGUUUGACUAAAGUGCAAAGAUAUAUUAGACAAGUCAAGUAUAGCUGCAGUUAUAAUAGAUUGGGAUGCUUGGUUAAUUUGAAUUCGUUUCUAUUCUUUACAGGUUUUGGAAGCUGAAGUUACAAGUCAAUAUGAAGGUUUUGAAGGCAUACAAGUGGACUGUCAUUUUGCUAUGAAUAUUAUACUAGACUUAUACCAUAGUCUAGGGAUAGAUUUUUUUGCUUAGGGGUUGAGUAAAAAUUGUGACAAAUCAUUUUUUAUAAUUGAUUACUCUUUUUUAUGUAUAAAAGUAGGAUUAUCUUUA